AGUGUGUGGGAGAGGGAGUGAAAACGGAUCAGUACUGCUAGUAGCUGCCUGUGACUCUGUCAUCUCCUCCCUGGCACAUCCCCGAUACAUUCUCUCUCUUCCCUCUGCACUGGAGCAGCCCCCACAGCCCGCUUAGCAGUUACAGCGUUUAUUUCACUUUCUCUUGGCGGCACCAUGACUCUUCCCCGGCAGAGACACUCACUGUACCUGCCCUGUGCCUCCUGGCUGCUGCUGGCACAUUGUCAGACACACUGGGCAGGGGACGAUGCCCGAUAGGUAGUUAUUCCGAGUACAGCAGCAGCUGCUAGGGAGGUCACUUCUGUGCAGCAUCUCCCACAUACACAGGAUUACACCUCAUUGGUUGUUUCGGAUGUGACAUUGGCUGUAGCAGCGACAAGUGUGUGGCCUCACUCACACUUACACUACACCUGGAGAGCUGAGAUCGCAGCUGCUGAGUAACGGAUCCCCAUAUUGCCUCUUAUGGCAGUGACUGAGGCGGCUGCUUCCCCCGUAGUGUGCUCGGCGCUCGGCGCUCCCCACCCAGGCAACGUCCUACUUUAGGGAAACCUGCACCUGCAGUUUGGGAUUUCUUCCUCCCCACAUCCUGCAUUGUGAUCAGCCCUACACUACACCCCACACCAAGCUGGCACAGCACCCUGGCGCCCGGAAGAGGCAUGACCCGCUGCUGGGAAAGUUACGGGUAAUGUAAAAGAAUGUACUGCAAGAUAUCCUAAAUCUGAAUGGUUUAACUAAAGAUGGAAACACUGGAGUCAGAACUAACCUGUCCAAUUUGUCUGGAGUUAUUUGAGGAUCCACUUCUCCUUCCGUGUGCUCAUAGCCUGUGUUUCACCUGUGCAAACCGUGUACUGGCUUCUGGAAAUUCUUCCAGUGAAAUAGUGGAACCUGUCACAGCUUUUCAGUGUCCAACCUGUAGAUAUGUCAUUUCACUCAAUCACAGUGGCUUGGAAGGGUUGAAACGUAACGUUACUCUACAGAAUAUUAUUGAUCGUUUUCAGAAAGCCUCUUUCAGUGUUCCGAGCUCUCCCAGUGACAACCACAGAGAUAAGAUCUACAAAACUGUGCCAGUCAUGGCAGCAGAAAGGAUUCCAUGCCAAUUCUGUGAGGUGGAGCCACCAAGAGAUGCUGUGAAGACAUGUAUCACUUGUGAGGUAUCUUAUUGUGACCGUUGUCUACGUGCAACACACCCAAACAAGAAACCUUUCACCAGCCAUCGUUUGGUGGAACCUGUACCAGAUGCACAUUUCCGUGGACUUGUUUGUCUAGAGCACGAAAAUGAGAAAAUUAACAUGUACUGUGCAGCCGAUGAUCAGCUUAUUUGUGCCUUAUGCAAAUUAGUUGGUAGGCACAGAGAGCAUCAGGUGGCUUCACUGAGUGAUCGUUAUGAAAAACUGAAGCAAACUCUGGAGUCAAACCUCACCAGUCUAGACAAGCACAGCACUGAACUUGAAACUCAGAUGGCAAAACUCAUUCAAAUCUGCCAGCAGGUUGAGGUUAACACCAGCAUGCAUGAAGCAAAACUCAAUGAGGAAUGCGAUGAACUUAUGGACAUUAUACAGAGAAGAAAGCAAAUGAUUGCAGUAAAAAUCAAAGAAACAAAAGUAAUGAGGUUACGGAAACUUGCUCAACAAAUUGCCAACUGUCGACAGAGGCUUGAAAGAUCCACAGUGCUAAUUAACCAAGCUGAUCAUCUUUUGAAGGAAAACGAUCAUGCAAGGUUCCUGCAAGCUGCCAAGACUGUACUUGAUAGAGUAUCCAUGGCAACUACAUCUUCUCAAGUGCUGAUCCCUGAUGUCAAUUUAAAUGAUGCCUUUGAAAACUUUGCCCUGGAUUUCUCCAGAGAGAAAAAAAUGCUAGAAGGACUGGACUAUGUAACGGCUCCAAACCCUCCUUCUAUCAGAGAAGAGCUUUGUACUGCGUCUCAUGACACCAUAACAGUCCACUGGAUUUCAGAUGACGAGUUCAGUGUUGGUUCCUAUGAGCUGCAAUAUACCAUUUAUACCGGGCAAGCCAACUUCAUCAGUCUGUAUAGCUCCAUGGACAGCUGGAUGAUUGUGCCCAAUAUCAAGCAGAACCAUUACACUGUGCAUGGACUUCAGAGUGGGACACGCUACAUCUUCCUGGUGAAAGCAAUUAACCAGGCUGGGAGCAGACAUAGUGAUCCAGCAAGACUCAAGACCAAUAGUCAGCCAUUCAAACUUGACCCUAAAUUUGUACACAAGAAGCUAAAGAUAUCCAAUGAUGGAAUGCAAAUGGAAAAAGAAGAUAGCUCCCUGAAAAAGAGCCACACGCCUGAGCGCUUCAGUGGAACAGGAUGCUAUGGGGCAACUGGGAAUGUCUUUAUUGACAGUGGAUGCCAUUACUGGGAAGUAGCUGUAGGCAAUUCUACAUGGUAUGCUAUUGGAAUUGCUUAUAAGUCUGCUCCAAAGAAUGAAUGGAUUGGCAAGAACACCUCCUCGUGGGUUUUCUCCCGAUGUAAUAGCAAUUUUCUUGUUAGGCACAAUAAUAAGGAAGUUCUGUUGGACGUUCAUCCGCAGUUGAAACGAUUGGGUGUCCUUUUAGACUAUGACAAUAAUACACUCUCUUUCUAUGAUCCAGCUAACUCCCUUCACCUGCACACCUAUGAUAUCUCAUUCAUCUUGCCUGUUUGUCCUACCUUUACAAUAUGGAACAAGUCUCUGCUGAUCCUCUCAGGGCUCCCUGCUCCAGAUUUCAUGGACACAUUUAUGCCCUUGCAGCAAGAGUGCAUCUGUAGACCUCAAGAAUCACCAUAUGUAUCGGGACUCAAAGCCUGCCAGUGAACACUCUCCUGUAUUAUAACCUUUUACUAGAGUACAGAUGAUUGGACACAUGCAUCCUGAUCUGGAUAGCUUCCAAUCGACAUAAGUCUGCAACGAGUGGGAAAGAUUUGGAAAUCCUUGCUUAGGUAAUGCUAUGCCGGUGGCACGUUCUGUGUUCUAGGUUUGGAGACGCAGAUAACUCAGCUAGCUUUAUUAAAUUAAAACCUUAAGGUAUUUUUUUUUUUUGUUGAUAGACUGUGAAAAUGUCUUCCUGCAUCAGAUGGUAUACUACUGUAUAUGAAUAUUAUAUUUAAAAAAAAAAGCUAUUUUGAAAUGUACAUAUGAUGAUUGGUUAAAAUUGCAGAGUAAACAAAUUGCAGUUCAGAAGCUAUUGCAGUUUAGAAACUGUGAGUGCCAAUUUACACGGCAAUGGUUAUGGGUGUCACUGAUGGCUCUGUUGUCCAGGAAAAUCCAAUGAUUGCUGCUAAAGAGACAAGAACUAUGUCAGCCACUGUCAUCUUUAUACUGUAAUUAUAAUGCAGAUGAUGUGAACAUUCUUCCUUGUAACCAUUCCAGAGGUAAAAGUAUACAAUAUAUUAUUUAAAAUCCAACAUAUUAUAAAUGUAAUAAAAGGCUAAAAAAGCAUCUGCCCAAGUAUAGGGAAACAGACAUAGGGCCUAAUUCAGAUCUGAUCGCAGCAGCAAAUUUGUUAGCAUUUGGGCAAAACUAUGGGGGUGAUUCAGACCUGAUCGUAAAUGUGCUAAAUUUAGCACACCUACGAUCAGGCACACUGACAUGCAGGGGGACGCCCAGCACAGGGCUAACCCGCCCUGCAUGUCAGUCCAGCCCCAUUGCAGAAGUACUUCAGGAGUAGCUCCUGCACGCUGGCCAGGAGCUACUCGUCGCUGCCCGGAUCGCAGCGGCUGCGUGUGACAUCACGCAGCGGCACAGUCCGGCCAUGCCUGCAUUAGCCGGACCGCGCCCCUUAAACGGCGGCUUAACACCGCCGUCCCGCCCCCUCAGGCAGAGGCGAUCGCUAGCUAAAAACAGCCAUCGGCUAUCUGGCAUGCGCCGGCGCACUGCGGCGCUGGCGCAGUUCAGGCCUGAUAGCUGCUGUGCAAACACGCAUAGCACCAAUCAGGUCUGAAUUAGCCCCCAUGUGCACUGCAAGGGGGGGCAGAUAUAACAUGGGCAGAGAGAAUUAGAUUUGGGUGGGGUGUGUUCAAUCUGAAAUCUAAAUUGCAGUGUAAAAAUAAAGCAGCCAGUAUUUACCCUGCACAGAAACAAUAUAACCCACCCAAAUCUAACUCUCUCUGCACAUGUUAUAUCUGUCCCACAUGGUUUUGCCCAACUACUAACAAAUUUGCUGCUGCGUUCAAAUCUGAAUUACCCCCCUAGAUGUAUUUAUCUUAGCUUGCUAUGGUGCAUUCUAUUGCAGUAGUAAAUUGAGCUGUAAUAAAGAAAAAUGCAGCUAUAACUAUGGUAAUAAAUUCAGAUUUGUUAGAUAUAUUUCAUGAAAAAAUUAGUUCACCCUUGUAACAAGGGGCCUGAUUCAUGUUGUAUGCACAAGCCUGCACAGCUGCGAUUUUUUAGCAUACGGACUUAAUAAUCAUUGCAAGUGAAGCUGCUGCCCAAAAAAGAAUAGAGACACCCACCGGAGCCAUCGCAAAGUCCUCAGCAACUGUGCACACAUACACAGCAUUGACGCAUUACCGAAGAACAUCGACUCCCCGAGUAAGUCUGUGGUCACGCAGACUGGCCGUGGCAGUAGCAAUGCUGGCGCCAGGUUUCUCUACAUACAUGAUCGCAGCUGAAUGUUUCUCUACAUACAUGCCCCAAGAAUGGCCAUGACACGCCUGCUUUUUUGCCGCCACUCCCCAUUACCUGCCCCAAAUGGCCCCUUUUUGUUAAUCACUGCACAUUUAAAUUCUCACUGCGAGCGGUAUCGCAAAGAUAUUCUGGUGAGUGCGCAGUGCACAGUUGACCGAUAUGUUCUCAGGGGUGGUCUUCAGGUUGCUGGCGGCUGGGCUCCCGGCAACCACCAUACCGGUGCCGGAAUCCCGACCGCCGGCAUACCGACAUCUUUUCUCCCUCUCGGGGGUCCACGACCCCCCUGGAGGGAGAAUAGAUAGCGUGGCACGCGUAGCGCGCCACCAUGCCCGCAUGGGGCUCAUUUGCGCUCGCCCAGCUGUCGGUAUGCCGGCGGUCGGGAUUCCGGCGCCGGUAUGCUGGUCGCCGGGAGCCCGACCACCGGCAUAUCAUACUACACCCGUUUUCAGUUAUGUGAACAUUGCCAUUGUGUACAAACAUGAAUUAGGCCCGAAGUCAGACUGUAGUGGAGCAAGGCAGAAAUCACACAGUUACGUUAGGCUUAAACUACAGUUUAAUUUGUUUCAUGCGUACACUUGCAAGAAGAAAAAGAAUAAUUGAAGCUGCUUAUCUGUCUGAAAUAUAAAUUCAUGGUUAAUCAUAAUUUUGGUAAUUAUAGACUUAGCAUAAUCAGAUGUACAAUUGCAUGUCUCCAAUAACUUCAAAAUCUCACUGAGACCUAAUGUACAUGUUAUGUAAUUAUCCACUGGUGCAGAGUUUCCCAAACUCCACCAUCACAGUCCAUGAUUGAGUCCAGAUUGUUCAGUCAAAUUGGCUGAGGCAGGGGUGUAUUUAGGGGUCCAAGCGCUCCUGGCAAAGUAAGGGACAUAUUUUUGGAAUAAUUACAGCUGUACAGGCUUUCUCUCUGCCACUUCCUGUAACAGUAGAAUCUAUUAUAAAGGGGGAUGUCGCUCUGGCUAAUCAUCGUGGGUGGCAGAUAUGGCUAUCCUUCUCCCUCUGGUGUCUAACCCUAACCCCCCCCCCCCCCCCCCUAGUACCUAACCACACCCCCACCCUGGCCCUAACCCUGAUACCUUCAGUAUGUUGGCAGUCAGUGAUCCGGCACCGGUCUCGUGAGAGGUGUUGAGAUUCCGGUGUCUGUCACAUGACCGCUAGCAUCCUGACUGAUGGGAUGCUGAAUACAACUCCACUACAGUACAGGCCUCCUGCCAGAGCUGUACUAUAUAUUGACAGGCAGAGGAGCAGGAGCAGCAUCUGGCAGCCUGUACUGUCAUCACUCACACAGUCACACUCCGGCUGCCGGCACCGAUGCCAUAUCCUCCAACAUGACCCAUUCCAUUAGGUACAAAAUGCUCUGUUCCUGGAUUUCCUUGCCAGUGGCAGUUACAGAGGUGGGGCUGCAGCACAGUCCAAAAUUCAAAUAGGGAAGCCACACCAACUGCCAAUAAGUCCCGGCAGGCAAUGUUUAGCAGUUUGGGGUGGCAGUUGGUGUGACUCCCCUACCUGAAUUUUAGACAAUGCUGCAGCCCAAACCUCUGGAUCCGCCACUGGAAAGGAAGUCCAGGAACAGAGCAUUUUGUACCUAGUGGAAUGGGUCAUGUUGGAGGGUAUGCAAUGCUUGUCAUGGCAUUUCCCAUAAGAAGCAUAUGGGCUUCUUUUCACAUUAACAUCUGAGAGGGAUCCAAUCAGCACUCUGCGGUGUGUGUGUGUCAUACUGAGCAUGCUCAGAUUAACUCCCGGGUCAUAAACCCAGAAGUCAUGUGAUCGCAAAGGACAGCUCUUAUUGGGAGAGCUGUCCUUUGCGAUUCUAAUCACAUUUCUAGGUGCAUACUGGCAUGAUUAAUGCCGGUAUGUACCCAAUAAGUAGCGGGAUAUAUCGCAUCAAGGAUGCAAUGUGUAGUACAUCCCGCCCUUAAAGUGGACUGCUCUUUAAUCUUGUUACGCUUGCUCAUUAUAUACUCUGUAUUUUAUAAUUAUGUUAUUCUCAUUCUCGUUUCUUUGAUUUUUUCUUUCCAUGUUUUCAUACCCUAUCCUCCUUCCCCUUUCUUUACUCUCUCCCCUCUUUGAAGCCUUACCUUUCCCUUUAAUCUUUAUACUUUAUUCUCAUUUCUUUCUUGUCUUCCUUUCUUUCUCUUUCAUAUCUCACUCACUUAGCUUUCUUUUCUCUUACUCCACUAUCAUUCCUAACCCACAUUCCUUUCUUUGCUCUCCCUCAUACCUUACUGAACUGCAUCUUACUUUAGUUAUGAAGUAUUUUAGUCUCCACUCUCUUCUUUUACUUACUUUUUUCCCCCUGCCUCUGUAGCAUGGUGUCACAGGACUUCACACGGCAGUGCAGAGUUCUGGCCCCGCACCCUUAUUAUGGCAGUGCUAAGUGCUGGACCCCCCUCUUCCCCAGAUGGGACACAGCCUGAAAAAAUUAUUUGGAGACAGGGCAAGCCUGGAGGUGCCUGUGGGCUGGGGAGGCAGCUAGGGGAACACUAUCUUUCCCCACCACCACCACCUCCAGCCAUGGUGGAUGCCUUUUGUCAUUUGCCCCCCUAUAUCCAUUGUCUGUUCCUCGUGAGUAUGGCAGUGAGUGCCGAAUGUUGUCUCCAUUCCCCUGAUCACAUGGCGUCAUGACAUCACACAGUUGAGUCUGGACUAAUAAUAAUAAUAAUCAUUUUAUUUAUAUAGCGCUCUUUCUCCAAUAGGACUCAAGGCGCUUAACAGAUACAUAGCAUAAUAUAGUACAGAAAAUAAUGAAGUACAGAAAAGCUUUUCAUAAAAUACAGAAGCAUGGAGAUACUAAAGGGACAAUUAUGGGAAUGCUUGAGUAAAAAGGAAAGUCUUGAGUCUACUUUUGAAGGAUUCUAUAGUUGGGGCCUCUCGCACUGUGCAGGGAAGUGAGUUCCAUAGAGUCGGAGCCGCAUGACUAAAAGCUCGACCCCCAGAUGAAUUACGGGAGAUUCUAGGUACUGCUAAAAGUCCUUCAUCUACAGAUCGCAGUGAUCGAGUGGGGCAGUAUGGAGUCAGAAGCUGCUUCAGGUACCUUGGGCCCUGAUCAUGUAGUGCUUUGAAACUCAGUAAGCCAAUCUUGAAGAUGAUUCGCCAUCUUACAGGCAGCCAGUGAAGGGAGUAGAGUAUGGGUGUUAUGUGGCUAGAACGGGGCUGGUCGGUUAACAGCCUGGAAGCUGUGUUUUGCACCAGCUGUAAGCAUCAUUGCUGAAAAGAUGGAUGGAUAUUUUCAUUUUUAAAAUGCAAUUAUUGCAAGCCUCCUUACAGGUCUUUUAUCACAUUGCCCAUUAUAUCUAGAAAUGACAUCACAAAUGCUUAUCUGUGUGAUGACAGCAGCAUCAAACAGAAAACCGAACAUGGCUGCCACCAAUGCAGAACACGUUUUUUUCAAAAUGAUUUAACCCCUUAUUCCUAUAGUAGUAAUACUGUAUAAAUCAAGAGUAUUGCCAGAAACCACUCACUGCCAGGGGAAACGUUUAUCCAUAUGAGGUUGAAAAGGUUGAAUUUGUUUAAAUCCGGUGAGUUCAGUCUGUAAGUACUCAAUGGUGAAGUAUUUCUGUAUAUCCUCCUAUAGUACACCAUUAUAUAUCAAAACAUAUGUACUGUACACCCUACAAUGAAUUGUUAAAUAUAAUUUUUGCCCUUUCUGAAUAUACCAAAAAGGGGACUUGCUUUUUUUCCAGAAAAUAUUAAUGAUUAAAAGGAUGAACUGUAUAUAAAUAAAAA